GUUAUUUCUUACAUUAUUAGCCCAGAUUUUUUGGAGUGCUAUUACAUGCAGUCGGAAAUAACUUUUUGAUAUCAGAGCGGCGGUAGCUCGCCAGCAAUUCGACCAAGAAUACGACUUUCCAGAAUUGGAUCCUUUGUUUGUACCCCCCAGGGCAAUUGAACUUAUUCCAGAGGCUGCCAGCGGAGAUGUGGUAUUUGAAGGGGACUUCUAGUCUGAUUCAGGAGGCAUGCACACCAUCAACCGCUUUCAAGUAUAUUACUCGCUAAUGUUCAGUCUCUGGAUAAUAAAGUAGACGAGCUCAGGGCGAGGAUCUCCUGCCAGAGAGACACCUGGGAUUGUAAACAUACUCUGUUUCAAACAUGGCUCCCUUGGGAUAUACUGUCCCCAUUCAUUCAGCCAUCUGGGUUCUCAGUACAUCGCACAGUAAGGAAUAAAGAAUUCUCUGGGAAGAAGAAAGGCGGGGGUGUGUGUUUCAUGAUUAACCACUCAUGGUGUGAUUGUGAUAACAUACAGAAACUCAAGUUAUUUUGUUCACCCUACCUAGAAUUUGAGGAAAACACUACUGUUCCACCAACACAUUGACUUUAACCUUUCUUGGGUAGGGCAGUAUUUGGAUGACAAACGUGCCCAAAGUAAACUGCCUGUUACUCAUGCCCAGAAGCUAGGAUAUGCAUAUGAAUGGUAGUAUUGGAUGGAAAACACUCUGACGUUUCUAAAAUUGUAAAAAUAAUGUCUGUGAGUAUUAACAUAACUGAUAUGGUAGGCGAAAACCAGAGGAAAAUCCGUGGGAUUUUUUUUGAUGUGAGUUGUUUUCCAUUGAAUGCCUAUUGACGAUGUUAUGGGUUAUGGCCCAGAUUGCAGUUCCUAUGGCUUCCACUAGAUGUCAACAGUCUUUAGACAUGCUUUCAGGCUUGUAUUUUGAAAAACGAUGAGUAAAAAUACCUUUUGGUCAGUGAACAGGGGAAGUAUGCAGAGCUGGAUUGGGCGUGUGACCAUGAGCACGCCGUUCGUUGUUCUUCCUUUCUAUUGAAAAUGCUAUUAUCCGGUUGAAAUAUUAUUGAUUAUUUAGACAAUAGACAACCUGAGGAUUAAUUAUAAACAUCGUUUGACAUGUUUCGACUAACUUUACCAGUACUAUUAGGAUGUAUUCGUCUGCAUGUUUUGACCGCCCUGGAGCCAGUGGAUUACCGAACAAAAUGCGCCAACAAAACAGGGUUUUUGGGACAUAGAGGGACUUUAUAGAACAAAACAAACAUUUGUGUAACAGGGAGUCUUGUUCGUGCAACCAUAUGAAGAUCAUCAAAGGUAAGUGAUUGAUUAAUUUUAUCACUAUUUCUGACUUUUGUGACUCCUCUACUUGGCUGGAAAAUGUUUGUAUGCUUUUGUAAGCGGGGCGCUAUCCUCAGAUAAUCGCAUGGCUUGCUUUUGCCGUAAAGCCUUUUUGAAAUCUGACAAAGCGGAUGGAUUAACAAGAAGUUCAUCUUUAAGUCGAUGUAUGACACUUGUAUAUUUUAUUUUGAAUUUGGCACUCUGCAAUUUCACCGGACGCUACCGUCCCACCUGCCCAGACGAUAAUACUCGCACUGGUAAAACAUUGGACCAUAGACCAUAACUCAACUUUUUGAAAUGCCUACAAGGCCCUCCCUUUGGCAAAUCUGAUCACCACUGUUUUUCUCCACCCUUCCUAUAGGCAGAAACUCAAAUAGGAAGUACCCGUGCUAAGGUCUAUUCAACACUGGUCUGACCAUUCGGAAUCCAUGCUUCCAGAUUAUUUUGAUCACGCGGACUGAGAUAUGUUCCGGCUAGCCUCUGAUAAUAACAUAGACGAAUACACGGAUAAGGUGACUGAGUUCAUCAGGAAGUGAAUAGGGGAUGUUGUUCCCACUGUGACUAUUAAAACCUACCCAAACCAGAAUCCGUGGAUGGAUGGCAGCAUUCGUGCAAAACUGAAUGUGCGAACCACCACAUUUGACCAUCGCAAGGUGACUGGGAAAAUGGCCGAAUACAAAACAGUUUAGUUAUUCCCUCCAUAUGGCAAUCAAACAGGCAAAAUGUCAGUACAAAGUGGAGUGGCUAUUCAACGGCUCAGACUCAAGACGUAUGUGGUAGAGUCUACAGACAAUCAGACAAAGUGAAAACCAGCCACGUCGCGGACACCGACGUCUUGUUUCCGAACAAGCUAAACCCCUUUGCCCGCUUUGAGGAUAACACAGUGCCACCGACACGGCCCGCUACCAAAGACUGUGGGCUCUCCUCUGUGGCUGCCGUGAGUAAGAGAAUUGAGCUUGUUAACCCUCGCAAAGCUGCCGGCCCAGCGGCAUCCUUAGCCACGUCCUCAGAGCAUGUGCAGACCAGCUGGCUGGAGUGUUUACGGACGUAUUCAAUCUUUCUCUAUCCCAGUCUGCUGUCCCCACUUGCUUCAAGAUGUCCACCAUUGUUCCUGUACCCAAGAAAGCAAAGGUAACUGAACUAAAUUACUAUCGCCCCGUAGCACUUCUGUCAUCAUGAAGUGCUUUGAGAGGCUAGGAUCAUAUCACCUCUCCUUACCUGACAACCUAGACCCACUUCAAUUUGCUUACCGCCCCAAUAGAUCCACAGACGAGAAGGUGGAAAGCUUCAAGUUCCUCAACCUACACAUCACUGACGAUUUUGAUAUGCUCCACCCACACAGACAGUGUGGUGAAGAAGGCGCAACAGCGCCUCUUCAACCUCAGGAGGCUGAAGAAAUUUGUCUUGGCCCCUAAAACCCUCACAAACGUUUACAGAUGCACCUGUCAGGCUGUAUCGCCGCCUGGUAUGGCAACUGCACCACCCGCAACUGCAGGGCUCUCCAGAGGUUGGUGCAGUCUGCCCAACGCAUGACCGGGGGCAAGCUACCUGCCCUCCAGGACACCUACAUCGCCAAAUGUCACAGGAAGGCCAAAACUAUCAUCGAGGCCAUCAACCACCCGAGCCACGGCCUGUUCACCUCGCUAUCAUCCAGAAGGCAAGGACAUCUGCCUUGGGACAGAGCCAUGACCAGUCUGGAGCCAGACAGAAGACUGGACUCCACACUCUGACUGAAACCUUCAAGCACAAACACAACCAUGCUUACAUGACCCAUUGACCGCUGGGCCUUAUCCAUCCACCAUCCAUCUGAUCCAUCCGGCCUCCUCAGCACAUUCCAUUCCACGCGGAUGGAUACGUCAAGUGAACCGGUCCGACUAGAGCACUGCCAUGGCCCUACCGUAACCCUGGCGACCUGGCUGUUAACGUAAACACCAGGCCUGACCUUUCACCUCUCGGCCUUACCUACUUAUCUGGGUAACCCUGGGAAGGUCUGGCCCAGGCGACAUAGCCACGGUUUCCUGGUAUUUCCAUCUCGCUUUCUGUUUAUCUGUCUGUCUCUCUCACUCUCUAUAUAUUCUUCUACUGCCAGGGAAGCCCUGUCCAUCUGUCCUCAGCCCAUCCCUGAUCCCUGAACCCUGGUAGAUUUUGAAGCCUUGCACAAGAUUAAGUGUCUCCGUUUGUGACCUCAUGUUCCCCUUGAGACUUGGGUAGCGACGUCUCUACGGGGAAAGACGAGGAAUAUGAUGCUGAUGUAGAAAACUUGUUAAAUACAAAAGUAGUAUAUUGAGGUUAAUUCAUACAGUAUAAACACAGAUACAAAUAAAUCAGAUACAAAUAAAUGGAUUGCUGGCAAAUGUGUUUUAUGUCAAGAGUCAAUGCUCAUACUCAUGUUGCUAACCUGCCCUGUAUUAACAUUGUUCUCAUCCUUGUAUGUGUACUCACGUAAUCAAAAUGCCCUCCAAAGGAAUGACAACUGCAGAAACAACAACAACGAAGCUGUCAUAUGAGCCCAUGUUGGGAGGAGCAGUCAGAAAUCUGUGGGGUGGGCUUCAUGUUGGUAUAACUCCUCCUGCUUUUUCGCUCCAGUUAACCCCACCAGCUUGCCUCUGGGCCGACCCUGCGUUUGUCUGCUGCUGCUCAAUGCUGUGCUCAUGUCAUUAUCAUCCAACGCAGGUGUGCAGGGGAGACCCACCUAAUGCACUACUAUAUCACCACCCCCUAAUUCACAAUACACUACCCCCUGAUUCACCACUACACUACCCCCAAUUCACCACUACACCACCAUACUAAUACCCCCUACCAUGAACUGAGAGAGUGGACGAUUUGUUACAGGGAUUUACUGCCUAUUCACGAUCUUUCUCUCUCUCUCCCUCUGUUUUUCUCUACAUUUUUCCAUUUCUUUCUUGCUUGCUCUAUCUUUCUUUCUCAUCAUCUGCGUAGCAAUAAUGUGAUUGACACUGGGGACCUCAACAGUGAGGCCCCUCCCCCCAGGGCAGGUCGACAUGUGGCUAAUGGGGGGAGGAGGGAGGGUUUUUGGCAUCCUCAUUCUGCAGAUAGGGACGCACACUGAGGAGAAUCCCUAUACGAGAGAGAGGGAGGGGCCUGAAGAAAGGCAGAAGAGGAGAAGAAAUGAGGGAGAGGUAGUUAUUGAAGGGGGGCGAGGAACAGGGUGCAAAGCAAGACAUGGAAGGUAGAGAGGAGAGAUGGAAGGAGACAGAUCUUGUAUUUGGAUCUUGAAUUUGUGGUUUAAACACACACUGACUGGACAACAGGAUGUAGUUAUCCUGAGGCUAUAGUAUUCAUCAACACCACUCCAGUCCUCCUGUCUGUCUGUACCAUCAGUGUACUUCCUGUGGCAGCCCUGGGCCUGGUCUGGAAGGUCAUCUGAUGGGUUUUCUUAAAGCAGCACACACAUCCUCUGGAGACUAGGGCUGCGUCUCAAAUGGCACCCUAUUCCUUAUAUCGUGCACUACUUUUGACUAGGGUCCAUAACACUGAGGUUCAAAAGAACUGACGACUGCGUCCAAUAUGUCCGAUCGUUGUUUUCACCGUAAUCUACUUGCGUUUGCAUAUGCAUAUGCACCGUCUAUAUCCGGGUUGCAUCCGGUUUACACGGCCCGACUUCACUUGCGCACCAGCACUCAGUGCGCACAGGGAGCAGCGACGACGUCAUCACGCCAUCCAAGAACAUGGUAGACAUUGGAUUAAUUUAAAAUGUUAUCUUCAGCUGUGAGGGAUGGGGGGGGGAAAUUGUCAAUUCAAUGGAUGUUUUGUGCACUAAGAUGAUGACUAAAGUGUCUUAUUAGGAAUUUUCUAAUUUGACUUCUCUAUGUGGCCGUCUAUGGAAAUUGUCUUUCUGGACCGGACGUCAGUUAAACUGCAGUACCGAAGCAAGACUUUAGAAAUGGUCAAAACCGUGCUUCUAGACCAGAACCCUGGGCCAUGGGACUCUGGUCCAAAGUAGUGCACUAUAUAGGGUGUCAUUUGGCAUGCACUCUAGGAGCGUAGCUGCAGCUACUCCUCAGUUAUAACACAGCAGCUGAAGUGGUGUAACACUGCUAUCAAUUCUGAUCAACUCAGAACACUGAACAGUUAGUAUCUACUCAUUUUAUUCUCCCUCAUUCUCCAUUCCAUCUCGUCGUUGUCUUUGGUUCGCAAGACUGAGUAAGAACAAUCUUUCCUGUGAGAAGUCAUCAGUCUGAUUCAAGCAGACAGCAGGCCCACACGCUGCCUGUGGUUGGUUGCUCGGCUUCGUCUCGGCAGCAUAGCUUUCAUAGUUCUAUGAGGAGUUUUCGGGAGGGAAGGUGUGAGGCCCCACUCUCCUUUCUGUGGGGGUUAGGCUUGGUGUCAACAGACAUCUUUGCUUUGUGCCAGACUGAGGGAGAGGGAAUGGGGGAGAGUAAAGGGGUGAGUCUAUAUCGUGCCCCCCUUUAUAAACUCCCUCCCUUUAUUCCCUCCCUUUCUCUUGGGGUUCAACUGUAAACUCAGAGUUGAUGGGAGGAAGGUUAGCCUGCCACUGUCAAAAUCACUCUCACAUGAACACACACACACACACACACACACACCAUUUGAACCCCCUUCAUGUCCUGGGAGCAUCCUUGAUAUCCCACCUCACUACUCUACUGAACGCCUGGCCAAACAGCCAAACUCACAGUUGAAUUGGAAUCGACUAUCCAAACAGAGGGGGAAUAUUUUCAGUUGCAUGGAGUUAAGAUGCUGUGUGGACACUGUAUACAUAUUCUGCUCUCACUCAGAAAUACUUCCAGGUGUUGAACAAUGUGCCUUUGACUCUUUUUUUUUUCUUGUUUCCCUCUUUUGAAAUGAAAGCAACCUUUUGGUUCAGCCCAUGUCCUUUGAAAGUUGAUAGAAUGGUUGGGUGUAGGUUACGUGGGAGAAAUGAUACUGUGAAAUAUUUCCUUUUUUAUUUAAAUCUAGAGCCUGGUGGUUAUUCUGAAUGUGGCUGGUAUCUUGCACAGAUCUUGGACACAUUAAACCACGACGGAGACAGGUCUAGGUCUAGACCUCCAUGCCAGGCCAGAUGAUGAAGAGCCUCCAGUUCAGAAGCAUCGCCCCCAAGGCCCCAGCAGCGGUGGUUCCCUCCCCAGCCGCCAUCUUGUCCUGCCAGCACCCCUCUGCCCUCCCGGAGGCAGCCUCCACAGCUGUCAGCCCCAAGUCUAUCCUGGUCCCGGCUCAGAACUAUGCCCUGAUGCAGGUGGCAGGGCAGGAGGGUACCUUCUCUCUGGUAGCCCUGCCGCCCUCCGUAUCCCCUCAGUCGCCGCAGCAACAACAGCAGCAGCAACAGCCAAUCCAGAAGAACCUGAAGCUGCCCAUCCCCAGGUACCAGCCAAUGAGGACCAAGAACACCCCGGAGAAGGUCAAAUCAGCCACGCCCACUGCCGGUGGCAGCGCCAGGGGGGUGAGGACACCCACCAAGGUUGCAUUGACAACCCGGGACCAUCGGUCAAUAGCAGCCAUAAAGAAGAAGUUGUCAUUGGCUGAGCCCAAGGAGGAGCCAUCAGAACAGGUCAUACUGAUCGACGACUCAGCCUCCUCUGAGCUCUCCGCCCUCACAGCCCUGCUCCCAGACAACGCCAUGCUCUACACUGGCUCUCCGCUGGAGCGAAUAGCAGUGGUGGACACCACCCCCGAACACCGGUCCACUCCUGCCCACGCUCCCGGCCCUGUCACCAGCAUGCUGCAGAACCUCCACUACCCAUCUGGUGGCAUUACUAAAAGUUCCCCGGUCGAACCAUCACAGGAUGAGAGCAGCGGUAAGGUUGCUAUCAGGCCGUGCCAACCCAAGCCUGUAGCCCAACAGCCCCAUCCACAGCCAGCUAGUAGCAGCAUCACUGUCCUCUCUCCAGCCAUCUUCAGCAAAGCUGUCCAGAUCAUCCCCUCCCCACCCAAGGGCAAGCUGCCCAUCCUGCCCUACUCCAUGAUGAAAAGCACCCUCAUACCCGCCUCCAAACUCAACCUCAAUGCCAUGUCACCCAAGAAGGCUUUCCCUAGCCAGCCCGACCUCUCCCCUUAUUCCUCUGAUCCCCAGUCCAAGACCCCGGAGACUGCUGAGGCCCUAUGUCAGAACCACAUGCCAAACUCCCUGCUGCAGAGCCAGCCUCAGGCCAAGACCACAGGCGCCCUGUCGCUGCAGGGAACGCUACAGAUCCAGAAACCAUCAGGCAAGAAGAGGGGGAGGAAGAGGAAGACAAUGGAGGACAUUCUGGCCUUUGAGGCGAGGAAGAAGAGGUCCUUGUCAUUCUUUCGGAGGAGGGUGCCAGAGAAGCCUUCUGUCUCAGCCGUCAUCUCCUCCCCGCUGUCUAAACAGCAGAGGGAGGUGGACAUCUCUAAGAAGUACCGCAGCAUCAGACCCAAGCCUCACCACAUGCUGCUGAUAGAGACUGUACCCCAGCUGGUCAGCCUGCCCUCCCUCACCUCCUCUGACAGCCUGGAUUCAGAGCUCCUCGUGGGGCAUCAGCUCUCUGCCGAGGUCCUGGAGCCUGGUCCUCCCCAGUCCCAGCCAGCCUCUACCCCGCUAUACCUGAAAGGGGGCCCUUCUCAUAGGGUCUACCUGGGCAGUAGCCAGCCCCUCCACCGCUGCCCUACCUGCAGCCGCUGCUUCCAGUUCAAACACCACCUCCAGAGCCAUAUGAACAGCCACACCAACAGCAGGCCUUACCUGUGUCCUGUGUGUCGUAAGGCCUAUGCUCACUCUGGCUCCCUCAGCACCCACAUGAAGCUGCAUCACUCUGACGGGAGACCGCGGCGGACGCUUCGCUGUGACUUCUGUGAGAAGGCGUUUGGCUACGUGGGUGUGUACUUCGGCCAUUUGAGGGAGGUGCAUAAGGUCAUCCUGACCGUGGAGCCGUCCGUCAGCCAGCAUGAAGACGACGUGCCUGUGGAGGGGGCCAUGUCUUCAGACCUGGGGGACGAGCAGGGCCAGGAGGAGCGCGAGGACCCAGUGGAGCUCCAGAUCAAGUGUAGCCGCUGUCAGGCCAUUACCCCCACCUUCGCCGACAUGAAGCUACACCUGCUCUAUGUGCAUGGGGAGGAGGUCCAGGUGCGCCUGCGGGACGGGGCUGGGGGGGUGGGAAGGUCACUGCGGGGGGGCCGGGAGGCAGAGGAUGAGCUGGUGAAACACGCCGCCCACUACUGGCGCCAGCUCAAUGAGAAGAGGAACCUAGUCCGGUGUGGGAGCUGUGAUGAAGAGUUCUACUCCUUUUCCAAGCUGAAGUGUCAUAUCCUCUCCCACCACCAGGAGGGACCGGAGGAUGGUGGAGAGGGGGAGCCGACCGGCCCUUCAGCCCGGGGAGGGAGAGGGGUCCUGAGGCAGGGAUUGGUGUUUAACUGUUUGCUGUGCAGCCAGGUCCUGGACAGUAAAGAGGAGGUGAUGGAGCACUGGAGAGGCCACCACCACUGUAAGGAGACCCAGGUACUCUGGGAGGCCCUCGGCUCCUACUCGGGGGAAAGGGAGAUAGACUAGCCCGACCACAGCACAUGUUAACAUGGCACUGGACACGUUCUAGGUCGUCUCUGUUGCAGUCACGCUGCACAUCUCACAAUAUUGACUUUACUUAUUCCUUCUAGCCUCUAAGGAAGCAAAUUGCCAGAACAGUGCAUUUUAAAAGAUUGAUAUAUCAUAUCAACGUGGUUUCUGAGAUGUCAAAAAAACACUUCUCCAGGCAUUGUGAGAUCUUAUAAUCGGGGCGGGCUGACUACAAUAGAUAUAACCUCGAACGUACCCACUAUUUGUGUCUGUCUGAGCCAAUCAUGUGCUGUGUGCUGCUCUCAAACACACCCAGUUAGUCCCUAUGCACACUAUCCAGCCGACCCCAACCAUGCAGUACAUUUCCAGCUACUAUGGUGACUGGGUAACCACUAACCAGGCAAGUUCAGCUCACCUCAGUAUGGUGAAAGGGUAUUAGUCCAUACAGAGGUCAGUUAUCGCACAGUUUAGUUUGUUAGAGAAUCCACUUGAUACAUUACAAAUUAUUAUUUUGGUAUUUUGUGGACUGCACUGUGUUUUGUGUCAGUGUUGAUUUUGUGUUUAUUUUUUUCUAUGUUUUAAUAGGAUUGGGUUGUUUUGUAUUGAAUAUGUACAGUAUAUACAGUACCAGUAAAACGUUUAGACACACCUACUCAUUCAAGGGUUUUUCUUUAUUUUGACUAUUUUCUA